AUGACGGAAAGCACUGACGCCCCCGCGGCCGCGGCGCCCGAGAAGACCCCCACCGAGAACGGAACCACCGACACCCCGCCGGAGGAGACCCCGGAGAAGGCUACCGAAGAAAAAGAAAAGGAGACACCCCCGCCGAAGGAGAUGCGCGCUGUCGUACUCACCGGCUUCGGUGGACUUAAAACGGUCAAGAUAUUAAAGAAACCCGAGCCUACGGCGGCCGAGGGAGAGGUCCUUAUCCGCGUUAAGGCAUGCGGCCUGAACUUCCAAGACCUGAUCGUACGUCAGGGAGCCAUUGAUUCUCCACCCAAGACGCCGUUCAUCCUCGGCUUUGAGUGCGCUGGAGAGAUCGAACAAGUUGGAGAAGGAGUCACCGAUUUUAAGGUCGGAGAUCAAGUGGUAGCUCUGCCAGAGUACAAGGCGUGGGCGGAGCUGGUUGCUGUACCCGCUCAGUAUGUGUACGUGUUACCGGAGGGUAUGUCAGCCCUGGACGCGGUGGCCAUCACCACCAACUACGUGGUCGCCUACCUCCUGCUCUUCGAAAUGGCCAAUCUGACUCCCGGGAAGAGCCUGCUCGUUCAUUCCGCUGGCGGCGGCGUUGGCCAAGCGGUGGCUCAGUUGGCGAAGACGGUUGAGAACGUGACCGUAUACGGCGUCUGCUCCAAGAGCAAGCACGAGGCUCUCAAGGCCAACAACAAUAAUAUCGACCACCUGCUGGAGAGAGGCAGCGACUACACCAGCGAAGUCAGGAAGUCUUCCCCCGAUGGCGUGGACAUUGUUCUCGAUUGUCUGUGCGGCGAGGAGUGCAACCGCGGCUACUCCCUGCUCAAGCCGAUGGGACGCUACAUUCUUUAUGGAUCAUCGAACAUCGUGACCGGCGAGACUAAAAGCUUCUUCAGCGCGGCGCGUGCUUGGUGGCAGGUAGACAAGGUGUCUCCGAUCAAGUUGUUCGAUGAGAACAAGAGCCUCGCGGGUUUGAACCUGCGACACCUGCUGUUCCAGCACGGAAGAGGCGACACUGUACGUCGCGCCGUCGACAGAGUGUUCUCGCUGUGGAAACAGGGACAGGUCAAGCCGCUGGUCGACUCCACCUGGGCUCUGGAAGACGUCGGUGAGGCGAUGCAGAAGAUGCACGACCGUAAGAACAUCGGCAAGCUAGUUCUGGAUCCGUCUUUGGAACCAAAACCUAAACCGGCUACACCGGCUAAGGGGAAAUCCGGCAAAGAGAAGAAACCGGCUAAGGAGAGCUCUGAGGAGAAGAAGGAGAAGGAGACGAAGGAAGAAGAGAAGAAGAACGAAAACGGUGAGAAGAACGGUGAGGACAUCACUAACGGUAGUGACGAAGGUCAGUCUCGAUACAACUAUGACCAGGCAUGCGAUAAGUAG